GGCAGUGAGGGAGUGUGACCCAGAUCUGUGCAUGACCUGUGGAGCGGCGGAUCACUGGGACAGCAAAAUGGUCUCCUGCAAGAACUGCAGCAUCCAGAGAGGCCUUAAAAAGCACCUGCUCCUGGCACCUUCGGAUGUUGCUGGAUGGGGCACCUUCAUUAAAGAGCCUGUUCAGAAGAACGAGUUCAUCUCGGAGUACUGUGGAGAGCUCAUCUCUCAGGAUGAGGCCGACCGACGCGGCAGGAUCUACGACAAGUACAUGUCGAGCUUCCUUUUCAACCUGAACAAUGACUUUGUUGUGGAUGCCACACGGAAGGGCAACAAAAUCCGCUUCGCCAAUCAUUCAGUUAAUCCCAACUGCUACGCUAAAGGUGAGAAUCCCUCUGAUAUUUGUUGACUGAAC